GAUAUCUUUCAUUUCUUAAAAGCAAAAUGAGUGUCUUAAUUGGGGUAAAAAUCUGGCUUAUAACGGCAGUCAUUAUGUUACUCUCUGCCAGCUGGCGCUUGUAUCAAAAGCGGAAGCACUUUCGCAAAGUUACCUCCAAGUUGCCUAUCAUUUGUCGCAUAUCGUUUAUUAGAAUAGCUUAUUACGUGUUGGAUGUAAAUAGAUUAUUUAAUGCUGUUAGUAAUGGUUUCGAUGUCAUGAAGACAUCAACUGGUUGCAUUUGGGCAGCCGCAACGCCGUACGUCGUUACCGUCGAUCCUGAGGUUAUCAAACAUGUCACAACAGCGCCUGAGUUCCUCAACAAAGCCCCCGAUUUAUAUACACACCUCCAUAAUGAUAUAUUAAAUGGACUCAUCGUAAGUCCAGCAAGCAAAUGGAAACCCGAUCGCAAGGCCUUAAGCGCAUUCCUAGCACAUAAUAAUAUUACUGCCUUGUUUCCUACCUUCAACGAGAAUGCAAAUAAUCUGAAGAACAAACUAACAAUGUUGGCUAGAAAAGGAGAACAGCAUAUAUUUACAAUUAUCAAAGAGUGCGGUUUGCAAUUGAGCCUUUUAACUAUUAUGGGUAUAAAGAUAGAUGAAGGCAGUGACAAACACAAGGAAACUAUGCGCGCAUUUAAUGCCUUUGGUGAUCACAUGGCAAUGGAUCUCUUGCUCGGCUGGUUGGGUCUGGGCUUUCUAUCCCGUACCCCACGUUAUAAAAGAGCUAUAAAAUGUGCACGUGACCUAGUACGAUCUGUGAUUAAAGAAAACCUUGCUAAACCAGUUGACACAGAAGACCAAAACAAUUUCGAAAAAAACAACAAAACGUUGAUUGAGUUAGCGCUAAAAGCCCUACGACAGGGAGUAUUCAAUGAAAAAGAUGUGGAAGUUGAGUUGUUCACCAUGUUUGCUGCGUCUUACGAAACCUCCGUUGGUGCGGCAUACACUUGCCUGGUGUUGUUGGCAAUGCAUCCUGAAAUACAAGAACGUCUUUUCCAAGAGCUUCAAUCCGCAUUUCCGGACGGAAUCACAUUCGUAGAAUAUGACGAUCUGAAGAAACUGCCAUAUUUGGAUAUGUGUGCGUCGGAAGCAUUGCGUUUAAUUCCACCCGUAGCCUUCAUCGGACGACAAACUGUACAUGACACCGAGCUCUUUCGAGGUGUAAUAUUGCCCAAAGGCACACAAGUUCUUUUAGCAAUUUACGAAUUGCAUAGGCGUAAGGAAAUUUGGGGUCCGGACUCGGGUCGUUUCAAUCCGGAUAACUUUUUGCCCGAGAACGUUGCAAAGCGUCAUCCAUAUUCUUAUAUGACUUUCUCAAAAGGUCCACGUAACUGUUUGGGCUUUCGUUAUGCUGAAAUCACGUUACGUAUGAUAUUGAUUCAUACCAUACGUAGGUUGAAAUUUUCCACGACCUUUAAAUAUGAAGAUAUCAUUCUUGUGCCAAAAGUUACAAUGACAUUUAAAACCGAUCCGCCACUAAACAUAGAGGUCAGGUCCAACUAAAUUGCUGAUAAUUUUAG